GGCCAAUUUCCAAACAUUGAGAGCUGAAAAUCAUUGAAUUGAUUGAAUGAGAAAAUGGAGGUUCCUUCAUUGACAGUGGUGUUGGCUUUAUUUUAUGCAGUAAUAGUUGGAGGAGCAUUGGGAGAUGGUGAGCUGAGUACAACAUUUUAUGAAGAAAGCUGCCCAAAUGUCUCAACCAUUAUAGGUGGAGUGCUUAAAGAGGCCUUGCAAUCUGAUCCAAGAAUGGGUGCUAGCCUCCUCAGGCUUUACUUUCAUGACUGCUUUGUCAAUGGUUGCGAUGCAUCAAUUUUAUUAGAUAACAGUUCAACUAUUCAAAGUGAGAAAGAUGCUCUUCCUAACAGAAACUCAAUCAGAGGGUAUGAACUUGUUGAUAAAAUGAAGGCAGAGUUGGAAACUGCUUGUCCUGGAGUUGUUUCCUGCGCCGAUAUACUCACCAUCGCAGCUCAAAAAUCUGUUCAUUUGGCGGGGGGACCAUCGUGGAGUAGUCUAUUAGGAAGAAGAGACGGCACAACCGCAAACUUAACUCUGGCCAAUCUUAUAAUGCCAGGUCCAACUGAAUCCCUCAAUGCGAUCAAGUCCAAGUUCGUAGCCGUCGGCCUCAACAAUAAUACUGAUCUCGUUUCACUAUCAGGUGCCCACACAUUUGGACGAGCUUCAUGUGAAAAUUUUGCUAGUCGUUUAUACAAUUUUAAUGGCACUGGUGAGCCAGACCCAACAUUGAACUCAACCUACUUAAAAAUGCUUAUCCAAAAAUGCCCUCGAGGUAGAGAUGGAGGAACGAGCCUUGAUCUCACAACACCUACGGUGUUUGAUGGAAAAUAUUAUUCUAAUCUUCUUGUUAAUGAAGGACUUCUCCAGAGUGAUCAAGAACUAUUUUCUACUCCUGGGGCUGAUACUGUUCAUAUUGUUACCAAUUUCAGUGCUAAUCAAACCUCUUUCUUUGCAAGCUUUGUGGUCUCCAUGAUUAGAAUGGGAAAUCUCAAUGUUUUAACAGGAACUGAAGGAGAGAUUAGAUUGAAUUGUAGGGUCGUUAAUGGAAAUUCAACUGGAGCAAAUACCCUUGUUAGUUCAAUCUGAUCAUAAGCAGUAACGGAUGGAGGAUUUAAAUUUA